UCUGCUAGCUAUUCAACAAGAGAAUAUCUGGGGAUGAAAGUGUUUUUUUUGGGGUUAGUAUUGCUUGAUCAUUUAUUCUUAGAGAAGCUGUGUCGACAGUGGAGGCGUUGUUCUGACUUCGUGCUUCCUCUUUUAUAGUGGAAGUGUCCUCAAAUGUUAAUUGAGUAUGCAGGUUGUGGCUCGUCUAUUGAUAUUUGUGCUUGUCUAUAUGCAAUUUCAUGGACAAAUUACACGCAUGUCUGCUUUGUAGGGAUGAGCUGAAGUAGUCGUUUCUCAUAAUAAGUUCUAUCUAUGAUUAUCUCAACAAUCAAUAUGGGAAAUCCGAUGUGUGCACUUGGAGAAUCAAUAUCUUUUGGAAGAUAUAUGUCAGAACCCUUGGCUUGGGAGAAAUGGUCAACUUUUUCCAAUAAUCGCUACCUAGAAGAAGCAGAAAAAUCUUCUAGACCUGGAUCUGUUGCCAAGAUGAAAGCUUACUUUGAGGCCCAUUACAGGAAGAUUGAUGCCAAGAAGCAGGCAGCCCUGGAACAGGAAAAUGAUAAUUCUUGUUAUGUUGAACCAGAAGUCGAGGAUACCCAAAAUGCAGCACCUGUCUCAAGCUCACCUGCACCAAAUCCAGUAGUAGCACUUCCCGAUAGUCAUUUAACCAUUAAUGAAAUACCAAUGAGUUCAAGCUCACCAGCAUUGAGUACAGCAGCAUCAGUUCCCUAUAGUCAUUCAAUUGUGAAUGAAUUUCUGAGCAAAGAUAUCCCUGAUGUGGAGCCACUUAAAAGUGUCAUUGCCACUUUAUGUGAUUCUUCUAGUCAAGCAAAAGAUGUACAGAUUGAGGAGGCCAAUGUUGUGGAAUCAAGCUCAAAUGUAGAUCUUAAGGAGUGUCCUCUGGACGUUCAAGUGUAUCAGUGUGAGGAUGCAGGAGUAAAUGCAUGCGUCACUCGGAGUUCUGUUGGGAUUAAAGUAAAGAAGUGUAAAGAUGCAUUGGAAAGUGAGAUUAUUCUGACCACCCCAAAAAGGGAGAUGACUAUCAAGAAAGAAGCACAGAACGACAAGUUGGAGCCAAGAAACAAGCUAAAAUCAGAAGAUUCAUCAUUGAAAAGUUCAAAAAAAAGCAACAUGUCCAAGUUAUCAUCCUCUCUUGCUAGACUUGCAACUCCUAAGAAGGAAAGCAGUAGCAUGAUUAGCAACGUUAAGUCUGCAAAGGCGUCUCUUGAGAAAAAUAAAUCAAGUUCAAGAAUGGUUCAGAUGUCAAUGAAUGCUAAUAUUGAUGUCAAGCUAAUGAGGAAAUCAUCUCCAGUUUCUCAUAAAUCUGGAAUAGGGAAGUUAUUCACUCCUCUAGGCAAGAUGAUACGAAAAAGCUUCGUCCAUUCACCAGCUCCAACUCCAACUCCAAGUACUAGUAGGGCAUCUACGAGCAGUGUUUCACGACAUCCAUACACAACUCCUCAGUCAGAAGCUAGGAGAAGCAGAAUAGCACUUGAGAAGUCAUUUGACAAGAGCAGAAAAUUGGACCAGAAAUUGCAGUCACCCUCUGUGGGGAAUGUGAAGUCUCCAGCACCGUCUCCUCUCACAUUCUCUCCGUUCAGAUUUAGAACUGAAGAAAGAGCAGCAAAACGUAGAGAAUUUUUUGAGAAGAGGUUAGAGAAGGAAGCAGAAAAAAUGCAGCUUCUUGAUAAGGUGAAACCUAAAACUGAUUUCAGGAAACUAUCGCAGAGUGUGAACCUUUCAAAUGCUGCAGUAGACAUCACGAGAGAAGUUUUAAGCGACAAAUCAAAGAUUCCUCUUGCACGACCAUACCUGCCAAAGGGCGGAACUAAACCUUCUAGCAACUUGGCACGAAGCAAAUGCUCUCUACCUCUUGUGAGUAGUGUUUGUCCUAAACCUGCUGCAGGAAACAAGCGAAUUCCAGUCAACUUGCCAACCAAGAUGAAAUUACAUGAAAAUGCUUCUCCUAACAUCCUUUGACAAUUAAACCUCCCAUCUGGAGAGAGACUACUGGAUUUGUCAAGGUGUUUGCUUUCCACUUAUGCUGUGUAUCUAUUCAUUCUCUGAUGAGUGUACAAGUUUUGACAAUGGGAUAGUUUUGCACUACAGCUUUAUGUAAUAUGAACAUGGUGCUUGUAUAGAUGGAAAACUUUUGUUACAAAAUCAAUGAAUCGUUGUCUGUCAGUCACUCAUCCUAA